AUGAAUGCAGGAGCAACCUUAGCCCAGGCCCAAACAAAAGACUAUCGUGUACACAGCAUGGACUUACUGCGAGUACUCGCCCAAAGGCCCUGGUUGCUUCACAAUCGGUGGGAGCCACGCCCUGAACUCGAUAGGAAUCAAGAAGACGACACAAACUAUGAUGAUGAUUAUAGGUCUAGCUCCGAGAAGAGGUCUGCUGUGGCGACAGCGCUGAACGGCAGACGUCGUCGGCAGCCGACGCCUUCGCUCGGUAAGGCUGUCACGCCGUAUGUCGGCGUCGGUGUCCUAAACGAUGUCGGGUCCUUCUUCGACUCCUUGCGUGACAACCUCGAGACCUUGGCUUCUCUGUCACCGGAACAGCGGUCCACACUGUUCCAGGAACCGCCGACUGUUGUCCACGCUCCGUCUGCUGGUGCCGGCGGUGGUGGUACCGGCAUGCGGAGACUCCACGCGCUUCGUCCCCUGCGUCCUACUGGUAAUAUCAGAUCGGACCUGGAGGCGUUCGGGGGCUACCCGGGGGCGAAUCACCACGACCCAGGACUGCUGUGGACGGGUCUCGGCCGGUAG